AUGGCGGCGCCCGAGAAGUUACCGUUUCCGGAGAAACCAAGCCACAAAAAGUACAGGGCCGCCCUGAAGAAGGAGAAACGAAAGAAACGGCGGCAGGAACUCGCUCGACGGAGAGACUCGGGACUCUCCCAGAAGGAGGAGGAGGCUCCUUUUAUUGAAGAACAACACCCAGAAGAAGAGAUGCUGUCGGAGACCGAGAGGCAAAAAUUACACGAGGCGUGGCUGCUUCGGGAGCAGAAGGCACAAGAAGAAUUCCGAAUCAAGAAGGAAAAGGAAGAGGCAGCUAGAAAACGGCAGAAAGAACAGGAGAGAAAGUUGAAGGAAGAGUGGGAAGAGCAGCAGAGAAAGGACAGAGGAGAGGAGGAGCAGCAGAAGCUCCAGGAGAAGAGAGAAAUGGAGGAAGCUGCGCGGAAGACCCUGGAGCAGGCUGAAAGAGAGUUGGGAAAUGGUGCCACAUGGCAGAACCCAGAACCACCCACGGCCUUAAGGGUAAUGGAAAAAGAUCGAGCUAACUGUCCGUUCUACGGUAAAACAGGAGCGUGCAGAUUUGGAAACAGGUGUUUGCGUAAACACAAUUUCCCGUCGUCGAGUCCCACGCUUCUGAUUAAAAGCAUGUUUACGACAUUUGGAAUGGAGCAGUGCAGACGGGAUGACUAUGACCCCGAUGCGAGCCUCGAGUACAGUGAAGAGGAAACCUACCAGCAAUUCCUGGACUUCUAUGAUGACGUGCUGCCCGAGUUCAGGAGCGUGGGGAAAGUGAUCCAGUUCAAGGUCAGCUGCAACUUCGAACCUCACCUGAGGGGCAACGUGUACGUUCAGUAUCAAUCGGAAGAAGAAUGCCAAGCGGCCCUUUCUCUGUUUAACGGACGAUGGUACGCAGGACGGCAGCUUCGGUGCGAAUUCUGCCCCGUGACCCGAUGGAAAAUGGCAAUUUGUGGCUUAUUUGAAAUACAACAAUGUCCAAGAGGAAAACACUGCAACUUUCUUCAUGUGUUCCGAAAUCCCAACAAUGAGUUUUGGGAAGCUAAUAGAGACAUCUUCCUGUCUCCAGAUCGGACUGGCUCCUCCUUUGGCAAUGGCUCGGACAGGAGAGAGAGGACGGGCCACCAGGACGAAUACUACUGGAGGCCCGGGAGGCGGAGAAGCCCUGGUCCAUCGCAUUCCUACGAGAGAAGCGGGGAAGCUGAGAGGAAAAGGAAAAGCAGUCACCGGGGGAAGAAGUCUCACAAACACACGUCAAAGAGUCGCGAGAGGCACAGUUCACGCAGUAGAGGAAGAAAAAGGGACCGCAGCCGGAUCCGCGGCAGCCGCAGCCACAGUUCCUUCAGGUCCAGGAGUCCCGGCGGGAACAGGUCAGGCAGCAGAGACAGAAGUACUCAGAGUCCCAAAUCCAAUUUUGUUCUUUAA